AUGGUCGGGCAAGGCCGUGGGGUGGCCAAGGAGGCCGUCGCUCCGCCGUGGCGACCGAGCGCCCGGCGACGACAGAGGGCUCAGGCUGGAGGGCUGCACCGCACGGGCCCCGACCCGACCGCCCACCAAACCAACCGCCUCGGUCACAGAGGCGGCCCGCGACCCCGACACGGACCCGGACCCCCCGGGGCACUGGACACUCCUCGUGCGCGCCGCCUCUUGCCUCCAACGCGGCCAUUCCGCCGGGAGAAGGGGGUCCGAGAAGGCAAGCGAGGCUGCGAGGACACGGUGGGCGCGCGCCGGCCCGCGUCUGGCGAGGAGGGGCGCGGACGGCCGCCUGCCUGCCUGGCGCGGCGCACCGCGCGGCCCGCCACGGGCGCCGGGGCUCGCGCCGCGUCGGGUCUCAGCCAGGCGAGCGGCCACGCGCCCGCCCAGGCCCGCCGUCAGGAUGGCCGAGCGGUCUCCCCUGGAGGCGUGGGUGUCUGCGGCUGCAGCUGCUGCUUUUCCGGCCUCCCCGCCUGCGCCUCGCGCACCCUCGCCCACCCUCCCACUCGCAAGGCCCCACCCCGCCCCACCCCCGUCGGCGCCGACGCACGCGGCCCCGCGCCGGGUGGCGAGCCCUCCUCGCUUCGCGGGCGCCGCGACUUCUGCCUGCUGAACGGCCAAGUCGCUCUCGCAGCCUUGCUUCCACGUCCGCCCCCGGCCGCUCCCCCUCCGCCCGGCACCCUGUCGUCCGCGCCCGCGCCGCCGGCCCGCCUGCGCCCCCCAGCCACACCCAGGCGGCCGAGCCCCCCCGCCUUGCCCGCCAGGGGGCUGCUGCGUGCCCUCCACGCUUCUCCGCCUUGCGGCCUCGGCCGGGCCACACCUGCCUGCCUCCCGCCCGGGACGCGCGCCACGCACCCUUGCUGCGGGCCGGCGAACACCGGCCUUCCGUGCACGAACCCGUCCCGGGAAGGGCGCUCGGCUGGGGUGGGAGCGGAAGCCCUGCGUGCCCGUCCAGCCCAGCCACAGGCGCCCAGCCCGCGCCCCGGCCCUCGGCGCCACCGCGCCCGUUCCCGGGGGAAGGGGGGGCGGGGAAGCCGCCGCCCGGGCCGGAGCCAAGCGCGGCCUGGCGUGCUCCCUGCCUCAGCCGGCAGUCCCCGAGCCAGGAGCCGCUCUGCCCAAGGGCCCCUCCUCACCACCACCACCACCCACCCUGUCAGAGCGGAGCGCCCGCGAGCGCCGUCGGCCAGAGCGCAGGAGCCAGGCUCACAACGCCUUUGGGUCCUCGGGCCUGAGCGCAGCUCGGGGCGGCGGCGGGGGCGCCCCGGGGAGUCGCGCUCCCGCGCUCGCGAGCACCCAGCACAGGCCGAGCCCGGGGUCCCGGCCCCCGCCCGCAAUGGCACGCUCCAUCCCGCCCCUGCCGGAAAGCCAGCCCGCCAGAGGGGUUUUGGGUCGGGACCCGGCAGGUCGCUGAGAGGAACGUCGGCGCGCGGCCGCGGCGACCACGCAGCGCCUGCCCGCGCCUGGGAUUCCGGCGCCGGGAAGACGGCGUCGGCUCCUGGCCCCCUCGGGCGACACCGACAGCGUCGCGGCGGCCGUGGUCGGCGCAGAAGGCGCGGGACCGGCCGAGUGGGCCGGCGGCCCGCCGCCCCGGGGUCCCUCCGAGAGCGCCGCGCCCUGGGGUCCUGCACGUGCCCGGACCCUGGCUUUGAGGUCGGCCGCCCGUCGUCUCCUGCUCGGAUGGAGCAGACAGAUGCCCACUGGGCGAGCGGCGCUCAAGGGAGCGCUCCUGCAACCGCUGGCUGCUACCUGCCGCCCGCUGCCUCUCCCACGCAGCUGCCCACGACCCCUCCCGCCCCCACACACGGCCCUGCUGCCAAGCCGCUGUGGCCCCAAGCCCUGCGGGCUCAGCCGCCCGUGUGCCCAGACACCUCCCUUGUGGUUGCUGGCUUCCUCACCCGGACCCAGGCGGUGGCUCACGGAUUGCGCUGGAAGGCACACCCCACCUCUGGCAGCCGCCGGCCCCACCUCUUCACCUUUCCCAACGUCUGUCUCCAAGCUCCCUGGCUCACUCUCGCCACACUCCGAGAAUCAAUCACCCUCCCAUCAGCCCUGCUCCGCCAGUAA